GUGGGCUCGGAGGGGCCUGUGGUUGGCGGGGAGCGAAGGAGUUCCAAGAGGGUCUGUCCGUGUUCGAGGCAGGGCCGGAUCCCCCCCCAAUUCUGCUCGAGUUUCCCGCGGCGGUGGCGGGGGGCCACCCGAGCCCAUUCAUUCCAGGCCUGGCUCCCUGCUCGCGCUCCCAGCUCAGGACCAAAGUCCGGCGCUAAGCUGGGCCGCGCCUGGGCUCUUGGUGCCCAGCGCCCGUCCUCGCCCCUCCAUUGUACAGACUGGGAAAACUGAGGAGGGGACAACUGACAAGGUCACCCGCCCAGGCACCAUGGCAGAGAAGGUGCUGGUCACAGGUGGGGCUGGCUACAUCGGCAGCCACACAGUACUGGAGCUGCUGGAGGCUGGCUACUCACCCGUGGUCAUCGACAACUUCCAUAAUGCCAUUCGUGGAGGGGACUCCAUGCCCGAGAGCCUGCGGCGGGUCCAGGAACUGACAGGCCGCUCUGUGGAGUUUGAGGAGAUGGACAUCUUGGACCAGGCAGCCCUACAGCAACUCUUUAAGAAGCACAGCUUUAAGGCCGUCAUCCACUUUGCUGGGCUGAAGGCCGUGGGCGAGUCAGUGCAGAAGCCUCUGGAUUAUUACAGAGUUAACCUAACAGGGACCAUCCAGCUCUUGGAGAUCAUGAGGGCCCACGGGGUGAAGAAUCUGGUGUUCAGCAGCUCAGCCACCGUGUACGGGAACCCCCAGUACCUGCCUCUGGACGAGGCCCACCCCACUGGGGGCUGUACCAACCCCUAUGGAAAGUCCAAGUUCUUCAUCGAGGAGAUGAUCCGGGACCUGUGCCGGGCGGACACGAGAGCACGGGACGGACAUGGGCGAGGUAGACGGCUGUGGAUUGAGUGGGACUCCCGGCGGCGGCGUGCGCCCCGGCCCCAUUGUCUGACCCGCACCACACAGGCCUGGAACGCGGUGCUGCUUCGGUACUUCAACCCCACGGGCGCCCAUGCCUCCGGCCGCAUUGGCGAGGAUCCCCAGGGCAUCCCCAACAACCUCAUGCCCUAUGUCUCCCAGGUGGCAAUUGGGCGACGAGAGGCCCUGAAUGUCUUUGGUGACGACUAUGCUACGGAGGAUGGGACAGGUGAGCCUAAGAGUCAGAGAAAGGAGGGGGACCGAGGGGGACCAACUUCCCAUCUAACCACUUCCUCUACAGGGGUAAGGGAUUACAUUCAUGUGGUGGAUCUGGCCAAGGGCCACAUAGCAGCCUUGAAGAAGCUGAAGGAGCAAUGUGGUUGCCGGGUAGGAAGCCAGGGAGGGAAAGGGUUGGAAUCCGGGGCAAAUGUGCCAUGGGGGGUGGACAAGCCAUCCCUUUCAACAUCCUGUACUCCCGGGCAGACCUACAACCUGGGCACAGGGACAGGCUACUCCGUCCUGCAGAUGGUCCAAGCCAUGGAGAAGGCUUCAGGGAAGAAGAUCCCCUACAAGGUGGUGGCCCGGCGGGAAGGGGACGUGGCAGCCUGUUACGCCAACCCCAGCCUGGCCCAUGAGGAGCUGGGCUGGACAGCAGCCUUGGGGCUGGACAGGAUGUGUGAAGAUCUAUGGCGCUGGCAGAGGCAGAACCCUUCAGGCUUUGGAGCACAGGCCUGAGGACCUCCUUACCAUGGACCAGAAAAGGAAGAGGAGCAGCUGCCUGCUCUCCAGCCUCCACAGGACCCUGUACCCUCAUGCUCUGGGGCCAAGCUGAGGCCACCCUACCUCAAAUGCCAGCUGCCUGUUCAGCCCUCCAGGCAGGAAACUCUGUCUGGCUCCACUAACCAGGAAGAAGCUGGGUCUUUCCUGCUAUCUCCCCCAGGGUCCAGGAGCUCAUGGGACCCCUAGAGCCUGUGAGGGCCAGGGGGUCUGGGACCAUAGCCUCCCCCAGGCACAACUUACACUGCUGUGAUUGAGCUUCCCAAAGUAUUUAAAAUAAAAAUGUUUUCUUAUCCUG